GGCGACUGUUGUCAGUGAGUGAGUUGCUAGGACGCUGUGAUUUCCGUCGUCGUUAAAAGUUUUCCUCUGAAGUUCAAGCCAUUAAACAGAAAGUUUACCAAACAGCAAUGAUGGCUGGAGUAUCUCCACGGUUACCAUACAUUGACGAUUACGAGAGACCUCCCAGUCGUCGCUUAGAGGUCAUUGAAGACAGGUUGCUACAUCAAGAAAAAACUACAUCAUCGCUGAUUGACAGAGCGUUUAAAAUAAAGGAGGAUAUCAUUGACACUUUGAACUUGACACAUGGAACAUGGCAGGGUGAAAAACAAUCACGGGAAUUACUACAGGAACAUAUUAGAACAAUCACAUUAGUUGUGAAGAGGCUGAGCAGAGAAAUUGAGAUAUUGGAAGAUCAAGUAAGAGAUCGGGAUAACACAGGAGCAACCACCAAUAGGGAUGUGAAAACGCUGGAAAUUCACCACGUUGGCAACGUUGUUGACUUGCGGGGACGAGUUGCUCGUUGUGACGCUUCCAUAGCACGACUAUCAGCUGACCUGCGAACAGUAUUUGAAACAGUCAGUGUUUUGAAUCGUCAAUUACAAGAAAACAACUCAGCAGUAAUGAGUGCAAUACGAAGACUUGAUCACAAAAUCACUUCGAUGGAUAACAGAAUUGAUAACACUUCAGUACAGCACAUUACUAAGAUAACAUCGGUAGAAGGCGAGUCAAGCACGGCUGUCAAAAGACUGGAUAGUAAAACAAUGGGUCAUUUGCAGGAGAUAAAAUCCACGCUAGAAGCCACUAAAAAAUACAAUGACACUGAAAGAGAUCGACUGGCAAGACAGUUUGUACAGCAGUUGGAGGUUUUGCAAACGAUGAGAGAUGCAAAACAGGACAAGUUUGAAGACAGGAUGGAUGCACGAUUUCAGAGACUUGAGAAGCGUAUAGAGGUACUUGAAAAUGCAAUGAGCCAGGAUCGUGAAACUGCAAAACGAAAUGACUCUGAACUUAGAAGGUACUGGGAAGUGAAAUUAGACCAACGGCAGGAACAUUUUGACAAGAGACUGCUAGAAGAAAUGGAAAAAAUGAGGAUUGAAAACCGACGAGGAUUUCAAAAUGCCCAUGACAGUAUAAGCACCACAAAGAAUAUUCUCGAUAGCAAACGCAAAAUGCUGGCAGAGCAGAUGCAUAAGGAGAUAAGAAGCAUUAAAAAAAUGGUUGUGUUGGUGUGA